AUGUCUAGACCUCAGAAUUCCACCUCCUCACAUGUUGAGGAAGAUCUUCAUUCCCAAAAUGAGAUACAGGUUGCCUUAGGUGGGCAGGAGGCUAUACAGGAUGAUGAUACCACAUCUGAUUCUACCUUGUCUUUGUCAUCCUACUCUUCUUCCUUUGCAAUCUCCUCUGUCUGUAGUGUGGGUCCCAGUGUCUCAGUGGAGGGAAUUGGUGCUACUGGGACCUCAAAUCAGAGUCCUCCCAGUGGUGGAUUAUCCUCCAAUUUCAUGGUCUCCAGGCCAGGCAACCAGUCUGUUCAAGGGGAGAUGCAAACAGUCAAUUCACAGGCACCUCCACUUGUUGCUCCCUGCAUCUGCAUUCAGAUAGAUAUAAAAGUAAAUGAGUUAGUGCAUUUCCUGCUGUACAAGUAUAGAAUUAGGGAGGUGAUCACCAAAGAUGAAAUGCUGUAUAAGGUCAUUAGAAAAUUUUAUGAGUACUACACUCUAAUUUUCUAUACUGCAUCUCAAUAUUUGAUGAUAACCUUUGGCACUGAGGUCAAGGAAGUAGACUACAAUGCUCACUCCUAUUGUCUGGUCCCUGCCCUGGGUCUCACAUAUGAUGGAAUGCUGAGUGACAUGCAGGGCAUACCUAAGACAGGGCUGCUGAUAUUAGUCCUGAGCAUAAUCUACAAGAAGGGUCAUAGUGCCACUCAGGUGGUGGUCCAGAGUACACUGAAAUCUGCUGGGUUGUUUGGUGAUAGCUAUCGUAUACUAUACCCAAAUGCUUGGAAACUAAUUACUGAAGAUUUUGUGCAAGAAGGGUACCUCUUGUACCGUCAGGUGCCCCACACUUUUCCUGACCAGUUUGAGUUCCUGUGGGGUCCAAGGGCCCAUGAUGAAAUCAACCCCUUAACAUUCAUGAUAUUUUCCAUGUUUAUGAGCAGGGCUAUACAAAAAUUAUACCCAUGUAAUCAUCUGAGGCUCUGGGCAUUGAUCUAG